AUGUCUCGCUCUUUCGCUAACGUUAAGGUUCUCUCAACUAUCAUCCUCGACGGUUUUUCCAACACUCUUACUAGACGUGGUUAUGCUGCGGCAACAGAGAGUGCAACGAGGGGAGGAGUUGGGUCUAUUGGAAACAAGAUGGGACCCACAAAGUUAGGAGAAGAGAAAACGGUUUCUAUUUAUAAGGUUUCAUGGGUUCCAGAUCCUGUUACUGGUUACUAUAAACCCGAGAACAUUAAGGAUACUGAUGUCGCUGAUUUAAGCGCUAAGCUGCUUCGGAAAAAUCUCAAGAACUAA